ACUCCAGUAUUCUUGCCUGGAAAAUCCCAUGGACGGAAAACCUGGUAGGCUACAGUCCACCGGGUCGCAAAGAGUCGGACACGACUGAGCGACUUCACUUUCACUUUACACAUUUUUUACCCCAUUCCGCCUUUUCUGUUCCAAGCACCUAGCAGAUCUGAACUUUCCUUGUCUUUGGAAAGUUAAGCCAUAGGAAGUGCUAAAACGUUUGCUCAUUUCCCACGGCACUACCAUUUCAGGCUACCUAGGCGCUAGCCUUCAAAGGCCUCUAAAACAUAUUUUUUAUCCUUCCCGAACAUUUAGGGAACACAUUUAAACCUGGGCAUAAAUUUGGCUACGUUGCCCUCGCCUACUUGCAGGCCUUCGAACCCGCCACCAGGCUCCACAUAACAGCUGGAGAAGAGAACGAAAGCCACCUGUGCAGCAAGGAGCUUAUACGGAGUCACCGGCGCUGAGUGGGCCCAGGAAGGCUAAGAAACGCGCAGUGUGAAUGGCUUACAUCCAAAUCCAUGCCCGCAGGCAUCUCAAAAUUCAGUUCUUUCUCGUCCCACGGUUUCCCAAAAGUCAUGAAUAGUCUCCGAAAUACAGCGGCCCACGCUAUCCAGCGAGGUCUGGAAGAAGCCCUUCCUGCAGACGCCGGAAGGAAACCCCAGCGUCUGCUUUUGCGCAAGCGUGAACAGACUUCUACAAGCCUCCUCGGCUCAGAAGCGGUGGGCGGGGCAUCCUAUGCGCAUGCGCUCUACGCUCCCUGCGCAUGCGCCCAGCUCCCGGCUGUCAUGCGCACGCAUUAUUCCUUACGCAGCUGUUUGGAGCGUCGGCAGCAGAUGUUUUUUAUCUUCAUUUUGCUGUGUACAAAGCCAAAAUACGGACUGCUUGGUUCAAGACCGGACAUCUAGCCAACCUACAGACUUCGAGCUUCAGAGUCAUGACUACGGAGCAGUCAGGAAAUGCGAAAGCAGAGCCGGCUCUCCCCUCAUCUGCCAAUCAGAGCAAGCCAGGGUCUGAAAAACCAAACUACGCUCUGAAAUUCACUCUGGAGGGACAUACGGAAGCAGUAUCAUCAGUUAAGUUUAGUCCUAAUGGAGAAUGGCUAGCAAGUUCUUCUGCUGAUAAAGUAAUUAUAAUUUGGGGGGCCUAUGAUGGAAAAUACGAGAAAACACUUAAAGGACACAAUCUUGAAAUAUCAGAUGUUGCCUGGUCAUCAGAUUCCAGUCGUCUUGUUUCUGCCUCAGAUGAUAAAACUCUAAAAAUUUGGGAUGUGAGGUCUGGAAAAUGUUUGAAAACACUUAAAGGGCACAGUAAUUACGUUUUUUGCUGUAAUUUCAAUCCACCGUCCAACCUCAUCAUUUCAGGAUCUUUUGAUGAAAGCGUGAAAAUAUGGGAGGUGAAAACAGGCAAGUGCCUUAAGACUUUGUCUGCUCAUUCUGACCCAGUUUCUGCUGUUCAUUUUAAUUGUAGUGGGUCCUUGAUAGUAUCAGGUAGCUAUGAUGGUGUCUGUCGAAUCUGGGAUGCUGCAUCAGGUCAGUGUUUAAAAGCACUUGUUGAUGAUGAUAACCCUCCUGUCUCUUUUGUAAAAUUUUCUCCAAACGGUAAAUAUAUUCUCAUUGCAACUUUGGACAAUACUCUUAAACUAUGGGAUUACAGCAGAGGCAGAUGCCUGAAGACAUAUACUGGUCAUAAGAAUGAGAAAUACUGUGUAUUUGCCAGUUUUUCAGUUACUGGUGGAAAAUGGAUUGUCUCUGGUUCAGAGGAUAACCUGGUAUACAUUUGGAAUCUUCAAACUAAAGAGAUUGUACAGAAAUUGCAAGGUCAUACAGAUGUGGUAAUCUCAGCAGCUUGUCAUCCUACAGAAAACAUCAUUGCGUCAGCAGCAUUAGGAAAUGACAAAACAGUUAAAUUGUGGACAAGUACUUACUAAACCCUUUAGAAAUCAAGUGGUAGAGUCAAACUGGCCAAAAAAUUAGGUAUUUUAAAAGAUGGUGUUUUCUCAAUUUUGGCAUGUAUUUUGUUUUGUUUUGUUUUGUUUUGUAAUAUUGUCUUGCAUUAUAAGAAUGUAAGACCUGUUUCAAGAUCCAGCCAGUCCAUUCUAAAGGAGAUCAGUCCUGGGUGUUUUGGAGGGACUGAUGCUAAAGCUGAAAGUCCAAUACUUUGGCCACCUCAUGCGAAGAGUUGACUCAUUGGAAAAGACCCUGAU